CGAGAUACAGCAUCAGCAUGCAGCUGCUGAGGGCCUUUAUGGGGUACAAACAGGCUGAAGAAUGCUUGCUACGUUGCCCGCAUGGCUGCUUGCCAGCAGAUGGUGACCUGAUGCGCUGGAGAUGGCCUGCUUGCGCCCUGACGAUUGUCACCGCAGUGUCGUUGUGGCUUACGGCCAGCCAGCUGCAUGUGAGCCAGUCUGCGGUGCCUUUGGAUCAGGACUCUUCAAGUUCGUCCGCACCGGACGAGUUUAUCCACCUAUGCAUUUGCAGCGACGACUCAGAUUUUCGUCCAGCGGUCGUGGCCAUUCGUUCUGCAGUCGCUUCAUCUCGGCAAGCGCAUCGAUUUGUGUUUCACCUUGUCACAACACCAGAGUUAUCAGUGCGAUUCUCUCGGGCGGCCAAGCUUCAGCUGCCAGGUGUUCGAAUUGAGGUGCAUGCCGAUGAAGAGAUUCAGAGCGCCAUCCAGAGCCGCAUUGAGUUUCGAGACACCGCAGGACGAAAAGGUCUCGCAAGUGCCUUCAAUUUCGCUCCGUUCUACUUGCCUUUGUUCUUGACUCCAUCCAGUGAAACCUUCACCAGCCAGACCAGAAGGCUGAUAUAUUUUGAUGCUGAUAUAGUUUUGCUCGGUGAUCUUGCUGAAGUCUUUGAUAUGGACAUGGAGGGCAAGCCAUGUGCGGCAGUCCCUUACUGCAAUCAGAAGAUGCAGAAGUAUGUCAAUUUCAACGUUCUGAAGACCCUGGUCACUUCAGAGACGAUCGACCCCAGCUCUUGCAUUGCAAAUCGCGGGCUGCUUCUCAUUGAUGUGAAAGCCUGGGCGGAUUUGAAACUUACAGAAUCGAUUGAAUUCUGGCUUGAGCAGUACCGCAAAGCCGAUGGUGAGCUGUGGGUUGGCGGCAUGUCGCAACCUCCCUGGCUCCUUGCCAUCAACGGGAACUACAUGCAACUAAAUGCAGACUGGAAUUGCAACAGCCUGGGGCGGCAUUCCAUGGGCAACCUAGAGGUGGCCCAGCUCCACAGUCUGGGGUUCGAGGAGGACCACCUUACCUCACUUAGAGUUGAGACAACGUCCUGGGGUGUUGUGCCAUAUGUGGUCACUUGCAGUAACUCAGCCAAGCUGUUGCACUACAAUGGUGCGAUGAAACCUUGGCUGCUGGAUAGUGAUACUGUUCAGGUUCCAGUUUGCACAAUGCCACAAGCCUUGUCAGAGUACCACUUCAAUUGGGUCCAGGAGGUUGAGAUUCUUGGGGUUACGUACACGUUUGUCACUUGCUCCGAGAUUUGGUCCCUAUUCUUGGCGGAUGACCUGCUGUACAGCAGACAGACCGAGACAGACAGACGCACACACUCUGCGCGGGCGGCUGCGAGCGCAACGUGCUGUGAAUACUUGUUGGAUGGCUUUUAAAUGUCCAAAGUCAGGAUUAAAGUCUGCAGUGUUAGUUGCAGUAACCGUAUGAAGUCUGACAUCUCCAAAUUCCUGCCUGCUGCAACUUGGAUUCUAAGUGACGCCCUCAUAGUUGGCAACAAAGCCACUUUCCAGGAGGUUCACUUCGUCACGUAUUUGAAGAUUAGAGCUUCACUUCGUUGAUGCACUAAUUGACCUGAGCGAUGGCUUGUGGCUUGCGCAUGCCUGUGCGCGCUUGAGGCGAGCCAGUCAACACGACUGCAGAGGGCGUUGAAGAAUUGCAACGAAGAGAGGAUGCCAAGACAUGGGCCAACAAGAUCAAUGCCGACAGGGAGAAACGUCAGAAGGAGCAUCUUUGACAGUUGGCUGGCAUUUGGCAGAAUAGCAGUGUCUAUAUGUUCAGAGUUCGUUCAGUGUCCGAAAUCGAGACCUUUGGUUGAGCAGAGAGUGCUUAGAAUAGUUCAAAUUCAAUCCCCUAUCGCAUUGCGCGAACUGUCCCAACCUGCAUCGAUGAUCACAAGGUGUCGGUUGGCAUUGGCGUGACCACCCUCGCAAUGCAUCCAGCAACAUCACAAUUUAUUCAUCGAGCGUCUAGAGUCUAGAGUGCACCGUAUACAACAUUAUAAAACAAUGCAACAAUGAUCAACAAUGGCCAGGAGGCAGGACAUCAGGACAGCAAGCAUUACCAGACCGAGCGGAUUAACCACUUCCAAGCAAAGUAGUAUGCCAGUAUGUCAGCAGACUCGAAGUAAGUUCAAAGAUCCAACGAAGAUGUGAUAUCGACAAACGGCGGCAAAGUCGGAAAGGUAGAAGCAGUUCCAGAUGCUUUGGCUGGAUACAUUCGACAUUGAAACUCCUUGUGGCAUUUUGUGGCUAGGUUUGGUUGCACGACCAUGAUAGAGCGAGGUGUGCCAAGUUGGUUGCAACAUGUCAAAUUCUUUACGUUUCUUGUCGAAAGCAUUCGGAUUGCCUGAGUUCUUUGAAGGACAAGGAAUGGCGGGAGAAGCAAUUGGCAGAGAGGAGGAAGAAGGUCAGGAAAACCAUCGCAAACCAAAAUUGCUUUGUUGCGCA